AUGGGGAGCCCAUUGGAAGAUGUCAGUGGCAUGGUGUCUUCUUUGUUGUCAUUUGGGGCAUAUGGAAUGAGAAAAAUAAGAGAAAAUUUCAAGGGAAACAAUUCCCAGUCUGUGGCAUCCUUUGCCCAGAAGAAGCUGUCGGCGAUUGGAUCGUGGGAGAACACAAAGAAGGCUUCUGUGGAAGCUCAGUUGAAAAAGAUAAGAGAUGGGAAAUGCUGCAGCUGCAUUUGGUGGAGGCUUGCCUCUUGGAAUGACAAGAGUGAGAGAGGCAAUGAGAAACAGAGGAGUUCAGAAACCAGAGCCAGUUCAUUACAACAUACCCAAAUGAUGUCUACGAACAAGGUGCGGCUACUCUGUAGAUUUGGGGGCAACUUCAUUUGUGAAUCAAAUAAGGUUUACUACAAGGGAGGCACGAACCGCAUUGUUCCUGUCGAUCGAGCAAUCGAUUACCUCAAUCUUUUAUCCAAAGUGCGCGGGAUUUGCAAGUUGACCUAUGUUAGCAGCAUAAAGUACAAAUAUCCUAGUCUAGAUCUGGAUUCACUUGUAUCGAUUGAGAAUGAUGAUGACGUGUCCAAUAUGAUGGAAGCUUUUCCUCAAACUAGUGAGCUUAUUCACCUUUAUGUUUUUUGUGCCCAAAACCUUUCAAUCCCCAUUCCAAGUCCCAGUAAUCUGAUGCAGAAUGCUGAUACUAGAAAGGUUCAAGCAUCGUUGCGAUAUUUACGUGGAAGUAAUGAAUCACUUGCACCUUUCUCACACGAUGCUAAUGCCAAUAACAAUGAUGUUCUAAGUGCAUCAAAUGACUUGCGCGAAACGGACCGCUUGUUGCUAGAUAGUUGUGUCAAUGACAUGCCAAAAACGAUGUCAAUUUUAAAACAAGACCAAGAAUUUGAAGAUGCAAAUGCUUUCGACAAGGCUUUAAGAGAGUACGCCAUACAUUCGAAUUUCCAGUACAAGCGAACCAGGUCCAGUGGUGGCCAUUAUCAGGCGAAAUGCAUAAAAUGCGAUUGCUCAUGGCGCAUACAUGCAUGCAAGCUUCCUGACAAGCCCACAUUCAAGAUAAAAUCCUUGAAGGGAAACCAUACUUGUAAUGCUGCGAAUGAGUCAACAAUGCCAAACACAACAACGCAUCGACAAGCUGGUAGGAAACGGACUGUUGCUUCGGUCAAGGAUCGACUCCAGAAAAAUUUGCGCAGUACACCCAAGGAUAUUGUUGAUGAGAUUAAUCGAGAACAUGAGAUCAAAGUAAGUAAUGAUAAAGCUUGGAGGGGUAAAGAAUUGGCAGUAAAAGAGAUUCACAAUGAACAAUCCAUUACAACUCUUGUGAUGAUUUGUGACGAAAUACCGACAACAAAAACAAGAAGCACGACAAAUCUUAGCAGUAUGGAUGAGCCUCUUGAAGAUGUUAUCUAUCCAAAAGGAGAUCCUGACGCUGUUUCAAUUAGUAAGAGAGACGUUGAGCUAUUGCAACCAGGGACAUUCAUCAAUGACACUAUCAUUGACUUUUAUCUUAAAUACUUGAAGAAUAAAAUGCAACAUGAGGACAAGCAUAGGUUCCAUUUUUUCAACUGUUUUUUCUUCCGCAAGCUAGCUGAUCUAGACAAUGAUCCAGGAAGUGCAAAAGAAGGGAAGGCAGCUUUCCUACGUGUUCGUAAAUGGACACGGAGAGUAGAUAUAUUUUUAAAGGAUUACAUCUUCAUACCUGUAAAUUUCGAUCUUCAUUGGAGUUUGAUGGUUAUUUGUCAUCCUGGAGAAGUAGCUUAUUUUAAAGAUGAAGAAAUUGAAAAGGCACCUAAAGUACCAUGCAUAUUGCACAUGAAUUCUAGAAAAGGAACGCAUGGAGGUUUAGAAAAUCUUAUGCGAAGUUAUCUAUGGGAGGAGUGGAAAGAACGACAAGGGGAGUCAUCCAAAGAUGUUUCUUUAAAAUUCUCAAACCUGCAAUUUGUCCCUCCAAAGCUGCCACAACAAGAAAAUCCUUUUGAUUGUGGUCUCUUUUUGCUCCACUAUGUGGAACUGUUUUUGAAGGAAGCUCCAGUUAACUUCAGCCCAAAAUUCUCAGAAUUUCUCAAUGCAGACUGGUUUCCACCUUCUAAGGCUUCUCACAAGCGUUAUGUAAUUCAGAAGUUAAUCUUUGAACUUCUAAAUGACCAUUCUCUAAAAAUUCCUCCAGCUGCAUGCAGCAGUCAGCAUGGUUCUCCUAAAUUUCAAGAAAUUGGUGCCCCAAAAGAACAAGCUGUGGAGUUUCUUUUUGAGCAAUGCAGUCCAAACAAAAAGAGAGAUCUUGGUAAUUCAUUUUGCUCCACUGUCAAUGGAAACAUUGAGAUCGAACUAUUGCAUCCAUCAUCUCCUCGCAGGGUUCAGCGUGAUGAAGAAUCGGGCAUCACAUUCAGAGAGUUUCUCAAGCAAGGAGAUAUUGUAGGGUCUUCCCUGGAUGUGGAAUGUGAACUUUUUUACCCAACUCUUUUUUAGAGCUCAGUACUCUGAUGUCGCCGAUAGAGGUAUUUUAUUAUUCUUUUGUAUUACCAAUAAAAAACCACUUUCCAUCUAAUAA